AUGCCUGAUUCUACUAUUUGCCACUUGGCCCUAGUUUUACAUUCCAUUCAACUAUCAUCCCGAGAUCCCCGGAACCCUGGUAACCUUACCACCUAUUUCAAUAUAAUAGACAUCAAUUCUCUUUCGAAAAUUACCAUUGUACAGCGGGCGUUCCAUCACUUAUUACCUGUCGCUCCGAGAAACUAUCUAGGUCUUUAUGAAGAUCGUGCAGUAAUAGACUUGUAUGUGAGAUGUACUGAGGACAAUUGCAAAAUUCAAUUAUUAAAAUGUCCAGGGCAUUGA